GAACGUGAGGGAGAUGGAGGUGAGGCUACUGGAGGAGAAGCCGGGAGGGGAGGUUGGAGGUGGAGGUUUUGGUCGGAGGAAGCCGGGAGGGGAGGUUGGGGGUUUUCAGCUGCCAUUUCCCCUUCAUUUGCUGCAGCAUCUGCAUGGAUAUGAACGUAGCAUGCACUGUUGCACAAGAAAGAAGAGAAAGUUACCAGACAUGGCGCCAUGCUCAGUGACAAUUACCAUUCUAAACAUUCCUCCUGCAGUUGAUUGUAAAUCGAAGGGAAAAAGACUGUCAUUAAGCCCAAAC